ACCGCGUGACUCGUUGACGUCAUUACGCCGGGGCUGACGGGUCUGGUCCGGUUGUUGUCGUUGCUGGAGUCAGUCGGUGUCGGACCGUCCGUGCAGCAGAGCGAGGAGCGGCCUCCGGGAGAUGUCGGUGUUUGGGAAACUGUUCGGUACCGGGGGGAAGGGCGGGAAGGGCCCGAGCCCCCAGGAGGCCAUCCAGAAGCUGCGGGACACCGAGGAGAUGCUGACCAAGAAGCAGGAGUUCCUGGAGAAGAAGAUCGAGCAGGAGCUGACGACGGCCAGAAAGCACGGGACUAAGAACAAGAGAGCCGCCCUACAAGCCUUGAAACGUAAGAAGAGAUACGAGAAGCAAUUGGCACAGAUCGACGGGACGUUAUCCACCAUUGAGUUCCAGAGAGAAGCCUUAGAAAACGCCAACACCAACACUGAAGUCCUCAAGAACAUGGGCUACGCUGCUAAAGCCAUGAAAGCCGCUCAUGACAACAUGGAUAUUGACAAGGUGGACGAACUCAUGCAAGACAUCGCCGACCAGCAGGAAUUGGCGCAAGAAAUCUCAGACGCAAUCUCUAAACCAGUCGGCUUCGGUGAAGAGUUUGAUGAAGAUGAAUUGAUGGCUGAGCUGGAAGAACUGGAACAGGAGGAACUAGACAAGAAUCUUCUGGAGGUCCACGGGCCGGAGACUGUACCCCUUCCCAACGUGCCUGCUGCUUCUCUACCCGCAAAGCCUGCCAAGAAAAAGCAAGAAGAGGACGACGACGACAUGCGAGAACUAGAAAACUGGGCGGCAGUGUAAAGUUUGGAGAAAUCUCCCAGGGUCAGGUGACAGAGACUGCUAACCUGUUGGAGUUGUGUGUACAUAUAUAUAUAUAUACAUGGGGGACAGAGAUGGACUCAGCCGUUCUCCACCCCUUCUUCUUUCUCUGCCUGGAGCGUGAGUUCACAGAAACAAAUAAGCCGCCACGGCUGACGUUCUGGAUCCGGUGACAUCCGUCUCUUUCAUCUAUCACUUUAAGUCCAGCGUUCGGCUCGGGAUACGGCGUCCAGACCGCCGCCUCGGAAAAAAACAAACAAAAACCUUCUCUACAUUACUUGGCUCUCGUAUUCCCAUACCGUCUCAAGCUUUGGUAUUUCUAGAAUCGCGAUGUGCCGCACGGUUUAUGACACAGGACGUCACAGCGUAUCCUUUGUCCUUAUUCACACCAGUCUUGGCUUCUUCUUCCUUUUUAGUCUUAGAGGCAGCAGCACAAAAAGAACAUUAACUGCGGAGCAGGAGGGUCCCACGGAGCUGUCGGCUGUAUUCAUUCCUCAUUCUUAAAGCAGUUGUAAUGCAGUAGCCUGCCACCAGGUGGCGCUGUGGCCUCAUGUACACGUUCAGCCUCCGGUACCUACAGCGGGAUAGCACACGGCUGGUGGUUGUAGUUGUUUUUUCCAGCCUCCCGUUGGGAUCCUCCCUCUGUCCGCACGUUACGAUCGCUGGGCUUUUCAUCCUUAAACCUUCACAAGUAUCUUGUUUACAAGCAUCUCGGAGCCUUUUCUUCAAUCACCUCACACAACCGCGCGCCCUUCUCUGCCGGGGGAGGAACAGUAGGUAACGCCGGCCUAGAAGACGUAAUAACCAGAGGAUAGAAAUGUUAUAAUAAUGUCAUCAGUUUUUCUCUUUUUUCUUCUUUUGAGCUGUAUUUUCUUCACACCAGUAAAUGUUAUUAUUAUUAUUAGUUUGGAUGAUACGUGUGUUUUAUGUUUUAUUUUUUUCCAUUUUUUUUUUCUUUUUAAAAUAUAUUAAGUCAGAAAUCGUUUGCACUUUCUAAGUAAAAAAACAAAAACAAAAAAAAAACUUUAUUCCUAUCUUGUUUUUACAGAACAAUUUGCCCUUAAUUUGCCCCUUUUUAAUAAGCGCGACAUGAAUUGGAAGAGGCGCCAGCGUGUAGCUUGCGUAUCCGUCUAGACAGUGAAUGGCUGCACAGCUCUAGCUUUGUACAUGGAGUGAAUGUAUUUUGCGAUACUGUACGUCCCUGUUUAUAACAUUUCCGAUGACUUCGAGAUCGCAUUCGCUCUGACUCAUUGACAGAAAAUAAAAAUAUAUUUCGAAAAGCCAA